AUGGAAUCGGAAAAUUACGUAUACAAUACACAGGGCGAAUACACUGACUUUCUAGACGCUUGUUCCCCUGAGAGUGUCUGUAAACAACAAAAUGUCGACGAUAUUGUCAAUGGUUUCAGAAUUAACUGGAUAGUGCUACGAGAUGCUGAUACUGGCAGAAUAUUGUGGCAAAGCCAUAAAGAUCUAUCGACUCCUGGCGUAGAACACGAAGCACGGGUGCCAAAAAAUAUAUUGCGAUGUCGUGCCGUGUCGAGAGAGAUUAACUUUUCGUCAGCAGAAGCCAUGUCAGAAUUUUGGCUCGAGCAAAAAGUGUUGUUCAAAGGUAGAUGUUUAGAAGAGUGGUGCUUCCGAUUUGGAUAUGUUAUGCCAAAUUCGAUAAAUACGUGGCAGUCUUUAAUAGCUGCUGCUCCAGAAUCACAAAUGAUGCCUGCUGCUGUGCUGAACGGAAACGUUGUGAUCGACACGAGAUUCUACGAUAAUGAAUUACUGGUAUCAACUUCCAAAGUGCGACUUUAUUACGUGUAA